GAUCUCAUCGAUGCCUUCGCAACCAAGCUCGGUGCUGAAGGUUGGGACACUGAAAAUACACGGAUCAUGGACUUGGUUCACCAACAUAAUCGGUGAGUUUGGAGCGAUUCAAAACCUCAAGGAUCUCUUCUCUUGUCUGAAUUUGCGAGGAAGUAAGUAACAUGUUGACCAGCCAGAUUGUCGAAUGGCUGAAGCCCAAAUCCGAAGCUGGCAAGGACCGUGACGGCAUGUCUCUACCUGACAAGAUGAGCAUGUGGGGAAGAAAAUCCCCACGAGAGGACUUCGAAGCCAAAAGGCUGGAGUCUGAUCCUUUCUGGCGGGUAGGCUACGCUUGUUUCGACCCGAUUGAGUCGACUGGGUCAUCAACCCACAUCAAAACGGUUUUGAACAGCAAGGCGUACAAGUGGCUCCUUGCCAGCCUGAAGAAGGCAUCAUCCCUUCAGUGGGGACGGUCGAAUGUGAUGAUCUACCAGAUUCGACGGGAACUCCUGAAAAUGUCUCCGAAAGAGCGUUCCCCGACACCCGAAGUUGGUUUUUGGCUUCCAUGGCGACCCUUACGGGACCGACUUCUUCAGGCGCAACGAAAUCAAGUCCCAGUUGGAUCAGACUCGACAUGGCACAUGGCUUACGGCAAGGCUUACCAAUCGCCUUCAUUCCCAGGCGUUAUCGCCCUUACAAGCUCGUCUCAUGAUGAGAUCCAGGCCACCACUGUUGGGGAGUAUUUCGAGCAAACUUGGCUGGAUAGCGGAGCUCAGCUGCUUGACUGGCUCGAUGAGGUGUUUGAUGAGAGGAAUGAUGUCGAGUGCUUCACAGCCACUACGAUCGAUGGAGUCAGGGUUGAAUUCUCUCAUGCAGGAUUGCACCUCAGCGUCAAAGCUACUGGCUCUCCAUUCUCCGUAGCCCAAUUCGCCGAACAGUUAGCCUGGAUAGGGACUGCCGUUCAACCCUGGACCUCCGGUUCUCCGACUCAUUACGAGCCUUCCUUAUCGGAGAUCUGUGCUUCAACAUUCUCGAUAAAACCAAGUCCAGUCGUCUCUGUGUUCGGUUCUCGUCUCUUCCAGACAGAUUUCUGGCACCGCUUGCAGGACCAAAACGCUAGCCCUGUUUCGGCAUGGGGAUAUCCGACAGCUUGCCGCCCAGAUAGCUUUCCCGGCCUCGAAGUCUCCUCCAGCAUCCUUCUGGCCUUGAAGUUAACGAUCAAGGUACGCCACGGCAGUGGACGCAUAUUACUACAAGGACACCGCACGACCAUGGAGCUGGUGAAGCAUAGAGACGGCGUUUACCUUUGGCAUGUUCUCGACUCGCCCUCCUGCGCUUGCUCCUGCCAAAAUCGCCAAUCUUUUGGAUACGACAAAGAAAGGACCAUUGAAUGUCUAGAUAUUAUGGGACUUGCCCUCCAGCGCCAUAUCAUCAGCAAUUGCGAAGAUGCCGAGACUUCCACCGAUCUGCAAAAAUGUGAUGAUCCCAUGUCUAGUGACGGGGACGAGAUGUCAAGUGUCGACCUGGAGCACCAUACCACCUCAUCAUUCAACCCGUCGGUCUAUAGUUUGGUCGGAUUGGCACGUACCAUCCCCAUGGAUCACAAUUCUACACCAGAUUCCUUCGACUCUGACUUGCUCUCGAUGUCCAGCUUCUCGGAGGACGAUAAACUUGAUCCCCUAGAUGCCGACUCUAGUCUUUUCCCAAUCAUCAAAACCGUGUCCGAUCACCUGCUGGUGGCGUUCCGAGGAUCUGCAACUGGAGACUCUAGUCCUUGUGACGGCGGUGAAUCCUCAGGCGGCAAGAGCGGGACUCAUGGAACCGCAACACACACCCUAGUCGGAAACACCAACACUCCUUCGGGAUCAUCAUCAAAGAGAAACACAGUCCAGCGCGAUGACGAUGAAUUCGAUGACGAUGGUAUCCAUAAGCCUCCCUCCAAGAAAGGAAAGCAAAACGAAGACCCACAACAGAAGCUACUCGCCUGCCCGUUCUAGAAACUGGAUCCGAUCAAGUACAGAGGGUGUUUCUCCAUGAAGCUCCGCGGAAUUCCGAGCGUGAAGCAGCACCUGACCAGGAAACACACGCCCACUUUCUACUGCCAGCGCUGCUUGGUGAUAUUCCC